AUGGCCAAAGCAUUUGCUCGAGAAAAGCUAGUGAGAUACUUCAAGUCCAAUCUCACGAUGCUUCCUACACCCUAUACACAAACAGAAACUAAUCGGAUGACACUUGGUUUCUUUUGUUUAGGUGCUCUGAGUUUAUUAGGUGAACUAGAUGCCAACAUCACACCCGAGAACAAAAGAGAUUGGAUCGAAUGGAUCUAUGCUCAGCAAGUACUGCCUACAGGACAAGAUCCUGAUCCUAAUGAAGCCCUGUGUGGUUUCCGAGGUUCUCCUUGGUCAGGUCGAUCAUUUGAACCCCAUGCGACAACCACAUCAUUUCAACAUUACGACUCAAGUCAUAUUGCCAAUACCUAUACAGCCUUAUUAAACCUGCUCAUCUUGGGUGAUGAUCUCUCUCGUGUCAAUAAGCAAGCUAUCAUCAAGACACUCACAUUACUUCAGUCAGACGACGGUAGUAUUGCACCUACUUUUGGAAGUCUUGAACGCGAUGUUCGGUUUGCGUUUUGUGCUUGUUCUAUCUCUUAUAUCCUUAACGAUUGGUCUGGUAUCAAUGUAGAAAAGACAGUAGCCUGGAUUCGACGAUUGCAGUCUUAUGAAUAUGGUGUAGCGCAAUGCCCUCAUGAAGAAGCUCAUGGUGGUUCUACUUUUUGUGGUGUAGCAGCACUCAAGUUAAUGGGUCAAUUAGAUCAAGGGAUUGUGAAUAAAGAAGGCAUGAUCAAAUGGAGUCUUGAGCGCCAAAUCACAGGAUUUCAAGGCAGACCUAACAAAUUGCCUGAUGUGUGUUAUUGUUUCUGGUUAGGUGCUUCUUUAGACAUGUUGAAUGCAUUUGACUUGAUCAAUCAACAAGCCUUGAGAGACUUUUUAUUAGACUGUCAGCCAAAGAUGGGAGGAUUCGGUAAAGAUCCUGAAUCAUUUCCAGAUGCGUUGCAUUCUUAUAUGGGUGUUGCUGCUUUAUCACUUAUGGGUGAACCUGGUAUUGAACCUAUUGAACCAUCACUUAAUGUACCAUUAUCUGCAUAUAAACAUCUUGUAGAGAAUACCGUUUUCUGGAAAUAA